AUGGGUGCUCCGGUGAGCUGGGGAAGCAUAAAGCAGUCAAAAGGCAAGUGGGUGCAUCGAUUGCUGUGCGAGAUUCUGGAUGCCGCAGAGUACAAGUCUGGACCCGAGCUCAAGAUCAUGGAAGAUAACCAAUCGUGCAUCAAGAUGACGAACAAUCCUGUGAACCAUGGUCGGGCCAAGCACAUCGACAUCAAGUACCAUCACAUUCGUGAUGAAGUCAAGCGUGGUGAUGUCACUUUAAAUUACUGUGAGACUACGAUUAUGUUGGCGGACAUCAUGACCAAGGGACUGCCAGGACCGCGUCACAAGGACUUGACGGCAGCGCUCGGCAUACACGCGUGUUUGCAUUAA